AUGCAAGCUAAAACUGUCAGAUUUCCAUCUGAAUCUAAUUUCCGAUUCAUCGCCAUUGUCAACCCGAUCGUCUCCCACUUUCUCCUUUUAUGUGCUAAUUGUGAUCAAGAGCAUCAGCGGCCUUGCGACUCUGUGGUGCAGCUGUCACUAUGUGUUUGUUCUAUCAUCCUUUCCUCUUCCUGUCUUAUUGGUCUCGCAAGUAUGGGUUCAGGAAGUUUCCGUUUCUGGACAAGUUGGAUGAUGAGAGCCCCGGAUUCGACGAGGAUACCAGCAGCAGCUCAAGAGAUCAAGGAGGCUUCUCGGCACAUUUGUGCUGCCAUGUUUCGCGGUUGA